UUAAAGCAACAGGAAGGCAACGCCUUGACGAAUGAUAAGCCAAAAAUUCUAACAUGGAUAACCUCACCACAAGGUCAAUCCAAAAUCUCCAUCUUCUCCGUCUGCACAGGGACAUCUCAGUUUCUUCACUUAUUUAAGUCACUCGCAAUCUCUCAGAGAAAGCUCUGCUUUUGAUAUGUCCAAACUCCAAUUCAGUGAAGAAGAGAACAUGGGUUGUUCUCUGGCUUCUUCUGCUUGGCAAAUAAUUUUGCUUCAAGUGUUUCUUUGGAAUUUGGGUUUAAGCACAAUAACUACGCCUGCAUCAUCAUCAUCAUCAUCAUCAAGCAAGUUUAUAUCAGCAAUAGGAGACCCAGGAAUGAAGAGUCCAAAUGUGAGAGUGGCAUUUGAAGCUUGGAAUUUCUGCAAUGAAGUUGGCUUUGAAGCUCCCAAAAUGGGCAGUCCCAGGCUGGCUGAUUGUGCUGAUUUGUAUUGCCCAUUAAUCUCUGAUUCUCCAAGUUUCAACUACUUUGAUACUAUAAGCAAGUGUGAAGUGCAUCAUAAAGUGAACGACUCCGACAACAACUUAGGGGUUGGUGAUAAGUUUCCUACCCCAGAAUUUGAAUCCUAUGAAGACCCUGACAAGUUUGCAGUGCAAAAGGAGCUAUAUCUUGCUUCUCUAUGCGAGGUGCAUGAAUCCUCAAAACCAUGGCAAUUUUGGAUGAUUAUGCUCAAGAAUGGCAACUUUGACAAAAACACUACACUUUGUCCCGAAAAUGGGAAGAAAGUCACUAAAAUAAUAACCGACAGAAACUUCCCUUGCUUUGGUGAAGGGUGUAUGAAUCAACCACUUCUUUACCAUAAUUACUCGCAGUUAGUUUUUGAUGGGGAAGAAAUGGCGUCUCUGACUGGAGGGUUCUAUGGGACAUAUGACCUUAAUGCUGACUUGAGCAAAGGUGUAGGGAAUAACUCCUAUUUUUCGGUCAUUUGGCAUAAGAAUUUGAUCACAGGGAGUUGGAUUUUCUCGCACAGAUUAACAACCUCCACAAAGUAUCCAUGGCUUAUGUUGUAUCUACGUGCUGAUGCAACAGAAGGAUUUAACGGAGGCUAUCACUAUAAUGGCAGCGGUAUCAUGAAAAAGUUACCUGAGUCCCCAAAUUUUAAGGUGAAAUUGACACUUAAUGUUACACGUGGAGGAGGGGGCAAUAGUCAAUUUUAUCUUCUUGAUAUAGGAAGCUGUUGGAAGAACAAUGGAGAUCCAUGUGAUGGUGAUGUUGUAACAGAUGUGACUAGAUACAGUGAGAUGAUAAUUAACCCGGCAACUACAAGCUGGUGCCGUCCAGAUAAUUUAGUUUCCUGUCCGCCUUACCAUGUCAGUCCUUCCGGUGAAAUAAUUUACAGAAAUGAGACAUCUCGAUUUCCAUAUUCUGCUUACCAUCUGUAUUGCAGCCCAGGAAACGCAGAGUAUCUGGAGAAACCAUAUGAUAUCUGUGAUCCAUAUAGCAAUCCACAAGCUCAGGAAUUGGUACAGAUUCUACCACAUCCUGAAUGGGCUGUGCAUGGCUAUCCUGAAAAGAAAGGAGAUGGAUGGAUUGGUGACUCCAGGACUUGGGAGCUUGAUGUGGGGGCCCUUUCUAGUCGUUUAUACUUCUACCAGGAUCCUGGAACAAAACCAGCAAGGCGUGUAUGGUCUUCAAUUAAUGUUGGAACGGAAAUAUACGUUAGCAAGAUGGGUGAAACUGCUGAGUGGACUGUAAGUGAUUUUGAUGUAUUGGUUCCAGAAGAUGAUGGUUAUGGUGGUUAUAGAUCUUAUUAAUUUCUUGCCAGAACAUCCAUUUUCGUCUGGCAAAAAAGCUCUGGUUGAACCACAAUUGUGUAUAUGAUAAACUUCUUUGUUGUUCUUCAAAGAAGAAGAUUUAAGAUAAAUAUAUUUAUAGAUUUAAAAUA